GGAGGGGACGGGGAGGGGGAGGAGGGGAGGGGACAGGGGAGCAGGGGGGAGGGAGGGAACCCGCAGCCCCCGCCCCGCCCCGCCCCGCCCGGCCGCGCCGGCGGACAGUGGGUUAAGCAUCUCCACCGUGGAACUUCCGGAUGUGACCACAGAGAGGGAGAGACCCGGGGCAGGGAGCGCGGCCGCCAGCACCCCCAGCCACCGCCGGACCCCGCGCUGUCCCGGGCCGCCCCCCGCCCCCCACGGUCCCGGGUCCGUCCGUCUCGGGCCGGUUCGAUUCCCCCCGGAGCCGGGGAAGGGCGGGGCGGGGCGGGGAGGGGGUCUCGGGCGCCCCGCCCACGCCUGCUGCCCCCGUCCCGGCGGCGAUGCGUCCCUGGCCGUGACCCCCGCUGGGGGCCGGGGCCGGGGCCGGGGUCCAUGCACGGAGCCCCCACCCGGCCCAGCGCCUGCCGCUGACGGCGGCGGGGGUGGGGGGGCGCGCGCCCGGCCUCCUGCCCACCCCCUGGCGUCGGCUCCGCGGGCCGUGGGGGGCUACGGCCCCGGGCUGCGCCCUCCCCCACGGCCAGGCUCUGGAGGGACCCGGGAGCUGCCGCCGGCCUCAGCCCAUGGCCCGGAGGGGCUAGGAGUGGGACAUGGUGGAAGAGGUGGGCUCACCAGGCUGCUGGCCCCAGGGAGCCUCUCCCCCCAGGGAUGUGAAUGGAGACAGGAGACAGGAGGAGUACAAUGAGCUGCCACACUACCCAGGCAUCGCAGAUAGCCCAGAAGCCCUGGCUGGCUUCCUGGAGGCAGUGCCCGCAGCACCAGGGCCCUAUGGCCCGCCCCGGCCUCCCCAGCCCCUGCCCCUCAGCCUGGACAGUGACAGCCUGAAGAGGGAGAAGGAUGACAUCUACGGACACCCGCUCUUCCCCCUCUUGGCCCUGGUCUUUGAGAAAUGUGAACUGGCUACCUGCUCUCCCCGAGACGGGGCCAGCGCUGGGGUGGGGACGCCCCCCGGCGGCGACGUCUGCUCCUCCGAUUCCUUCAACGAGGACAUUGCUGCCUUCGCCAAGCAGGUUCGCUCGGAGAGGCCCCUCUUCUCCUCCAACCCAGAACUGGACAAUCUGAUGAUCCAGGCCAUCCAAGUGCUACGGUUCCACCUGCUGGAGCUGGAGAAGGUCCACGACCUGUGCGACAACUUCUGUCACCGCUACAUCACCUGCCUCAAGGGAAAGAUGCCCAUCGACCUGGUCAUCGAGGACCGGGACAGCAGCUGCAGGGAGGACUUCGAGGACUACCCCGCCUCCUGCCCCAGCCUCCCAGACCAGAAUAAUAUAUGGAUUCGAGACCACGAGGACAGCGGGUCUGUACAUUUGGGGACCCCAGGUCCAUCCAGUGGGGGCCUGGCCUCCCAGAGUGGUGACAACUCCAGUGACCAAGGAGACACGCUGGACACCAGCAUAGCCUCUCCCAGUUCUGGUGAGGAAGGUGAGGACUUGGACCAGGAGCGACGGCGGAACAAGAAGAGGGGGAUCUUCCCCAAGGUGGCCACCAACAUCAUGCGAGCCUGGUUGUUCCAGCACCUCUCGCACCCGUACCCGUCGGAGGAGCAGAAGAAACAGCUGGCGCAGGACACAGGGCUCACCAUCCUGCAAGUCAACAACUGGUUCAUUAACGCCCGGAGACGCAUCGUGCAACCGAUGAUCGAUCAAUCCAACCGCACAGGGCAGAGUGCAGCCUUCAGCCCAGAGGGCCAGCCCAUCGGGGGCUACACCGAGACACAGUCACACGUGGCCGUCCGGCCUCCGGGAUCAGUGGGGAUGAGUUUGAACUUGGAAGGAGAAUGGCAUUAUCUAUAGAGGCACCCACUGUGGCCACCAGCCUCACACUGGCUCUGGUUCCCACCUGGUCCUCCGGCUUCAGGACCCCACCUCCAAAGGCUCCUCCACUCAACGCCUACCUCCCCGGGGCCCUGCUGGGACAUGGGGGCCUGAUUGCCCAUCCGAGGGGCUCUCAAGGACACCAACAAGGCCUCCAGGCCCCGAGCCCCACUUCUGCCUUCACCUCUGCCUGGGACGCGCGCUGGACUCCUGGGCCUUGGUCCCCGGAAGAUGGCAGCUGGGUCCUCACCGCCAGGACAGAGAAGGGACGGGGGUGGCUGGGCAGCCAGGGAAGGAGGGCUGCCCGGAUCCGACAUUUUGGAGAGAUUCCUUCACCCUCCUGUCCCCCCGCCUCCCCUCUCUAACUUCUUCUUUUUUUUAAUGAUAAAGUCUUAAAAACACAAAGCCA